AUGAUAAAAUCAUAAAAAUCUCAUGAUUUAGAAAUGACACAUAAAUUACAUCAAGGACGGAUUUUUGGAUUGUCCGAAAAUGCAGUUUUACCAAAAAAUAAAGAUAAAGAAAAUUAUAAACCAAAAACAUUAAUUGAUCAAACUUUGGAAUUACUUGAUCCAACACCUAAUAUUUAUACAUUAUUUGUUCAAUUUAAUGAACGUUUUUUUUGGAAUGUUUUACUUCCCGUGGAAGUUAAAUGGAGUCCUAGAAUGACAAGUUGUGCUGGCAUAUGUACAUUUCAUCCUCGAAAUCGACAGUGUGUAAUUUCACUUAGUGCACCAUUAUUGAAACUUAGACCCAGGAAAGAUUUAGUUGAAACUUUAUUGCAUGAAAUGAUUCAUGGAUAUUUGUUUCUCACAAAUAAUAAUCGUGAUAGGAAUGGACAUGGUCCAGAAUUUUGCAAACAUAUGGAUAGAAUAAAUAAAGCAGCUGGAACAAAAAUAACUAUAUAUCACAGUUUUCAUGAUGAAGUUAGAUUAUAUCAACAACACUGGUGGAGAUGUGAUGGUCCUUGUCAAAAAAGAGCUCCAUACUUUGGAACAGUACGUAGAGCCAUGAACCGUGCACCAGGUCCAACUGAUUUUUGGUGGAAAGAACAUCAACAAAUUUGUGGUGGCCAAUUUAUUAAAAUUAAAGAACCAGAGAAUUUUACAGCAAAAUCUUCAAAAACCAAAGACAAAAUAAAACCUAAAAAUACUAAUUUAUCAAGUAAUAUAUCCAAUUGGAUUACAAAAGCUACUCCAUUUAAUACUGAAUUAGAAUUUACAACUACCCCUAAAAGUAUAAAAUCUACUCAAAAUAAUCAAAAUUCUUUAAAUGAGCUUAAAAAGCUUGGAAGUACUGCAAAUAAUAUUUAUGGUUGGGAUACUGGAGGUCCAAAUAGCUCAAAUAAUUCAAAAAAAUAUAAUAAUUCUAGCAUUACUAAGAUUUCUACACCAUCUAAAUUUUCAUUUUCUGGUGUUGUUGGUGGUUCUAAUACUGGACAAAGUAAUUUGUUGAAUAAAUUAUAUAUUAAUAAUCAUAGUCAAAGUUGGAAUAAAAAUACAACAUCACCAGGAAGAGCAACAAAUUCAUUAAUUGAUGCUGUAAAAAUUAAGAAAUCAAUUGUUAAUAAUAGUCAAUCAUUAAGUGAAGUACAGAUGAAAUUUGUCAAAUGUCCAAUAUGCAAUAAUUCUGUGCUAAAUAAUGAAAUAAACAAACAUAUAGAUUUUUGUUUAAUAACAAGAAAUGAAAAGACAGAUGAAUGUAAAGAACAAACUACAAUAAAAAAUUAUGAUAAUGAUAAUUCUAUGAAAUCAGAAGUAAAAACGAAUAAUUUUUCAUUUACACAAAAAAGAAAAAAUGAUUCAAGUAUAUUUUUAAGUAAAAAACCAAAAUUAGAUGAAUUGCAAAAUUUUGGGAAAGCAAAUUGUCCUAUUUGUAAUAAUAAUUUUAAUCUCGUAGAUAUAAAUAAACAUAUUGAUAAAUGUCUUUUUGAAAUAGGUGAACAAAAUGAUAAUCUAAUUAUUAAAUUAGAUGAUACAAAUGUUAGUAAUAAUAAGGAUACAAACGAGAGUAUAAUUUCUAUCAGUAGUACAUCCAGUGAUGAUUCAAUUAUUGAAAAUUCAACAAGCGUUGAUCACAAUAUAAAAUUGAAGAAAUCUAAUGUAAUCGACUUAGCAUUUCCUGCUGGAAUAUCGUUAAAUGAUCAUUUAAAAGAUUGUAUAGGAAGUGUUUUUAAUAAUGAUUUAUCUUUACCAAUUGACAAUGAUAAUAACGAAUUGUCGAGUACAGUUUCAGAAGAUGAGCAAAAUAAUAAAUAUCCUUGUCCUGUCUGUAUGCAAUUAAUAAUAGAAUCACAAAUGAAUCUGCAUUUAGACGCAUGUCUCAGUAAUAAAUGA